ACCUUCCACAGUCCUUUAUUUUAAGUUGGAAUAAUUAAAUCGUUCUUCAUUGCCUUCCACACUGGCUCUCUUACCUGAAUUUUCUUUCCGUAUCAGUCAUGUAUGUUCAGGACCUGAUUAAUUCUGGAUAUGAAGAUGGGCUCAAGAAGACAAAGGAAUAGCUCCUUUACUGCCUACACACUUCCCUCCUAGAAGCAGUUUCUAGGGAUUUUCUCCCAAUCUGUGAAUGUAAUAAGAACAUUUAAGGGAGAACCUGGACAGCACCCUCUCUUUGCUCUACUCCACCUUAAGGCUGAAAUUGGAUUUAUUUACUGUUUCUCCUAGGAAUGGGGUACUGGUGGGGAGGCAGUUGAGAAAUACCUGUAAAUGUUCUGCCAGGCCAGGGUCACUAACCUCUGGCCAAGGGAGGUUGAGUUUACACUACAGCCAAAAGAAUGGAAGACACUCCUGUUUAUGGGGGAUGGUCCUCAUCCUGUCUCUAGAUCAAUUGGCUGUGAAGUUCCGUCACCACCCACCACUUCUUCCUCCCUCUCUCAUCCUGAGUCACCUUUUCGGAUUUUUGUAGUUGAGCAUCAUGGGGACUCUAAAUGAUCAGGCAGUAUUACAGGCCAUCUUCAACCCCAACACCCCAUUUGGAGACAUUGUUGGGUUGGACCUGGGAGGCGAAGCUGAGAAAGAAGUAGAAGAUGGAGUUUUCCCUCAAGCACAGUUGGAGCAGUCCAAGGCCCUGGAGCUGCAGGGAGUGAUAGCAGCUGAGUCCGGUGACCUUAGCACAGCCCUGGAGAGGUUUGGCCAAGCCAUCAACCUGCUGCCUGAGAGGGCAUCAGCCUACAACAAUCGAGCCCAGGCCCGGCGACUCCAGGGAGAUGUGAGAGGAGCCCUGGAGGACCUGGAGCUUGCCUUGACGCUGAGCGGCGGGCAGGGUCACGCCGCCCGCCAGAGCUUUGUGCAGCGGGGGCUACUAGCGCGGCUGCAGGACCGGAACGAUGACGCCCGCAGGGACUUCGAGCAAGCAGCGCGGCUGGGCAGCCCCUUUGCACAGCGCCAGCUAGUAUUGCUCAACCCAUAUGCAGCGCUGUGCAAUCGCAUGCUGGCCGACAUGAUGGGGCAGCUGCACGGUCCCAGCGACCGACGCUGAGCCGGCCAACGGGCAAGGGAGGGGAGGGCCCUGCACCAAUAAAACUGCCGACUCGCACGAA